UUUCAACUCAGUCAGGCUGGUUCAAGGGACCAACCGGUGCUCAGGCAGACUGGAGGUGAAGACCGACCAGUCGUGGUCCUCAGUGUGUGAAAAAGACUUUGACCUGCAGGAUGCAGAGGUGGUCUGCAGGGAGCUUGGCUGUGGGCCUCCUUCAGUCCACCAGGGGGCGCUCUAUGGAGAAGCAGAGGCUCCAUUGGGGAGCAGAGAGUUCCUGUGUGGAGGCAGUGAGUCUGCUCUGCUGAACUGCAGCAGCAGGAAGAGUUCAGGUAGAAACAACUGCUCACCUGGUCAAGCUGUUGGACUCACCUGUUCAGAUCAAGACGACAUCAGGUUGGUGGGAGAGGCCAGCCGAUGUGCCGGGAGACUGGAGAUGUUACAUCAAGAAGAGUGGAGACCAGUGGCUGUUUGGCUUCGUUACUGGACCAUGAACUCAGUUGCUGUAGUUUGUGCUGAACUGGACUGUGGUUCUGCUGUUUCAGCAAGAAAUUCAAUGGAAGCUUCAUACAGACCAGUUUGGUGGAUCAGCUCUGACUGUUUCCAGUCAGGAUCUGCAUUAAAGAACUGUUUACCUUCUGAUGAAAUCUUUGAUCAUAGCUCUGAGAUCAUCUGCUCAGGUCUGCUGGUUGAGCCGCUCAUCUUCCUCUCUUCCUCCACUGACGGGGUCUCCACAGGCAGAAAGCAGGGGUCUGAGCUCCUCAUUGGCUCACAUUUCAGCAUCAUGUGCUCCAUCAGACCUCAGUAUGAAGGCGGCUCCUUCCAGCUCAUCUUCAGCACCUCUACCUACACUCAGAACCAGACCCUGCCAGCUGUUAAUCACUCCGCCCUCUUCCUGUUCUCUGCUGCUGGCCACGCCCACCAAGGAACCUACCGCUGCGUUUACCACGUCUACGUUUUCUCCUAUAACUUCUCCUCUAUCAGCCAGCCUCUCAACCUCACUGUCUCAGUUUCAGCCUCUCCCACUGCUUUGAUCAUCAAACUGGUUGUCGUCCUGCUGGGUUUGCUGGGAUCAGUCCUGGGCCUCUACUUUAAGGCCAGGAGAAACCAGAAGUCUGGACCAGAAAACAACCAUCAUGAUGAAGGAUCCAGAGCUGAAGGCAGCUUAGAGGAGGAGACUGCAGUCUGAAGGAACCAGGAGAAAAUGAUCUUCAUUUCACAUCCGCAGGAAGGAGCAGAGACAUGUUUCAGACUCCUGGAAAUCUAUCCGUCUAUGUAUCUAUGAUAAAAUGUCUCUGUGCUCCUGCAGCAGGAAGGAAGUUCAACAUUCAGAAAUUUGUAUCUGGACUAAACCUACUUAAGUUAAACUUAUAUAAGAAGGGAACACAAAACAAAACAUUCAACAAACAAAAUAUAACAGAAAACCCACUUCAUCAAGAUCUGAUCUUCAUCAACCUUGCAAUGAUAGCAUAUGAUAGGAUAUUUGGGGUCAAAGGUCAGGUAGCCAAUUCCAUUCAGGCCCUGAACCCAGCUUGUGUCCUUGUCUUAGUUGAAUUGUGUGACAAAUGUAAUACAGCUGAUCCUGGCUUGUAAUACUUUGUCCUGCCUGUAGGUGGUGUAUGUCAUCACUGCCACGAUAACCCAUCCAAUACAUCCAGUUCCCACAAGUCUGAACCAGAUGUGAUCUGCGCCAUCUUAGUAGGGAAGUGCAUGCACAAUGCAUAGUGGACCCAUGGCUCCGAGACCAACACAAAGAAAACAUGCCGACCCUCUUGACCAAUGUGUGAGAGAGAGAUACAUGAACAAAAUGGCUGCCGUCGAGAUCGACCCGUAUGAGACGGAGAAGGAAAAUUUAUCAGAUGAUGUGGACAAACUGCCUCUGAUCUCCUACUACGAUAAAGUUAACUACGUAGUCAACACAAAGAGUGCAUACGCCGUAAACGAGCUUCACUGCCUGAAAUUCAUGGACGCAUAUAAUUAGUAUUUCAACAGCUUUUUAAAGGAGAGAAAAUCUCUCUGUGUGAAUAAUGAGGUUCUGGUGACUGGCAGACCAAGUACAUGUAGCAACAAACAUGCAGGCUACAUGUCUGCUUAGCUUGCAGAUGGGAUGGAACAUUUUAUAGUUACUAUGAUUAUGAGUGAAUUAAUGCAUAACAGUGUUAUGAUUCUUGUGUAAAGCAUGUGCUCAUGGGAAAGUCUUCUGAAGCUGUUUCUCUGAACUCUGUAUUAUUAUAAAGUUGUAGAAUAUUUUCUUCUUUGCAUUCAUAUGAGAUCCUUAAAUGUUUAAUAUGCUUUAUGAAAGAAAAUGCAUAUGCUUGCAGUCAGUUUUGUAGCUAAGUAGAUUGUUAAACUGUGUGAAUUUAAUGAAACCUUUCCUAUAAAACAAUAUGCUGUGUUUUGCUCGAGGCUCUUUCUCCAGACUGUGUUCAGUGAGCAGAGACUCCAAAUGCUGUAAAGCCUUCAAAUAAAUAUUGACAAAGAAUUUA